CCUUGAGCCUCCCAGUGCCAGUGGUACAGUAGCCAUUUACAGUGGUGCCGCCUUCCCAAGUUCCCAUCAGUCAUUUGCAGCCUUCCCAAGUUCCCAUGAAGCCAUAAGCCGUUGGGACAUUGUGCAAUAAAUGUGACCAGCCCAGGCCAGCCGGCGUCCAGUCUGCCGCCGCCGCCGCCGCCCCUGCCUGUCACCCACCGACGGCUGCCUGGCUGUCUGUCCUCCCCGAGGCUCCCUGCAGGACUGGCCGUGGCGUGUGCUGGUGACAGUGGUGCAGGAAUGGAGGGUGUGAGGCCGGGCAGCGGCAUGGGUGGCCAGUUCCAGCAGCAGCAGCAGCAGUCAGCCUCAGGUGUGGGGAGGCACAGGCGUGGUGGCAAGGAUCACCAGGAGACAGGCAGCUCUGGCCACACAGGACAGAGCAGGUUUGAGUGCCAGCAGUGUGACAAAACUUUUACCACCAAACAAGGCCUUGCCAGACACACCCUAGCACACAGUGGUGUUAGGAAUUAUGAGUGUGGUGACUGUGGGAAGAAAUUUGGCAGAAAGUCUCACCUCACCGCACACAGCCUGAUACACAGUGCUGUUAGAAAUUAUGAGUGUGGUGACUGUGGGAAGAAAUUUACUCACAAGUCGUCUCUCACCACACACAGCCUGACACACAGUGGUGUUAGGAAUUAUGAGUGUGGUGAAUGUGCAAAAAAAUUUACCCAAAAGUCUACCCUCAACAGACACAGCCUGACACACAGUGGUGUUAGGAAUUAUGAGUGUGGUGAGUGUGGAAAGAAAUUUGACAGAAAGUCUACCCUCACUAUACACAUCCUUUUACACAGUGGUGUUAGGAAUUAUGAGUGUGGUGAAUGUGGGAAGAAAUUUAUUCUAAAGACUCACCUCACUGCACACAGCCUGAUACACAGUGGUGAUAGGAAUUAUGUGUGUGGUGAGUGUGGGAAGAAAUUUUCCCGGAAAACUGAUCUCACCUUACAUAGCCUGACACACAGUGGUGUUAGGAAUUAUGAGUGUGGUGAAUGUGGGAAGAAAUUUACCCAAAAGUCUCACCUCACCUCACACAGGCUGACACACAGUGGUGUUAGGAAUUAUGAGUGUGGUGAAUGUGGGAAGAAAUUUACCCAUAAGUCUGGUCUCAGCUCACACAGCCUGACACACAGUGGUGUUAGGAAUUAUGAGUGUGAUGAGUGUGGCAAAAGGUUUCUUAGCCUUGGUCGUCUUAAUAAACACACCCUCAGACACACUGGGUUGAGGGAGUUCAAGUGUGAUGACUGUGGCAAGUGUUUCAAGACAAAGAGUGAUAUUGCCAGACAUGUGAAGGUCCACUUUUGAGGUGGUGUGUUGUGUGGGUGGGUGGGGCACAGCCAGGCCUGUGGUGGCAGCUGUGUCUGUGUGUGCUGUGAGAGCAGCAGUUGUUCUGUGUGAGGGAGUGACGGCCACAGCAGUUUUUUUUGUUGGCGGCGCAGGUGUGCCUUUCAAUAAAUGUGUGUGUGUAA